AUGGCGAAUCCAAUCGCUGAUGCGUUCCGCUCGUUUUGGCAUUCAAUGACCUCGAACGACCGCCAUGCUACACACAACAGUCCUUACAGAACAGGUCAGCAUGUGCCCAUCAGUCAGAGUCGCCACGCGCCGCUUUCCUCCAUUGCGACCAGUGCCUUAGAGUCGCAUCCCGACGUUUCCACUCCCUAUCACGAUGAAUCAAAGAGACCUUCAAUCUCCUCCGCCAGUUUCGCUCAAUCUCCCUCGAGGCCUUACUCUCCCGGUAUGCGCUCGAUGUCCUCUCCCAAAGUCCCUAACGUGGACGAAGUCGCAUCUCCUGGUGAGAUUCAGAUGCAAAGUUUCGCCGAUGGUGCUCCUCCGCCUCCUCCACCCUCGCAUUCCUGGAAAAAGAUUGACAGAUGGGCCGAAGCGAAUUACGAAGAGCUCUUCGACAACCUCUGCGAGGGUUGCUCUCACAACGAUGUAAACGAGCUAGAACACGAACUGGAUGUGACUCUCCCGCAGGACGUUAGAGAGUCUCUAGCUAUACAUGAUGGCCAGGAAAGAGGCGGACGUCCGACUGGUAUCCUACUUGGCUGCAUGCUACUCGACUGUGAGGAGAUCGUCCAAGAAUGGCAGAAUUGGAAAGUCGUGAAUGAAGAGUAUCUUGCAGGAGUCCGACGCUCACAACAACCCAUCUAUCCCAUCAAAGGCUUGAGCAACGGCGCUUCCUCGAGUAGUAGCGCCUAUCAUCAACAACAGAAUGGCAAAGCCUGGCGCGAAGAGCUUCUGGCUAGACAAGACUCACAACCUCCCAAAGCUGUACAAAAAGCAUACGCGCAUCCGGCCUGGAUUCCUCUAGCACGCGACUGGGGUGGCAACAAUAUCGCAGUUGACCUUGCUCCUGGUCCCACGGGCAAGUGGGGUCAGGUCAUUCUUUUCGGUAGAGAUUAUGACUGCAAGUAUGUCAUUGCUAAAUCGUGGGCUCAUUUUCUAGCCACAGUUGCGGACGACAUCACAAGCUCAAAGGUAGUCGUUGACGACGAAUCUGGCGAAAUGAAGUUGAAAGAGUUUAGGACCGAGAACGUGGAGCCUGCCUAUAUGGACAUCCUGCGCUGGAGAGCAGAUCAAAGAUAUGGUAGACGUGGUUCCGCCACGGGUCGAAGAAAGUCUCAAGGCCCUCCUGGUCUCAAUACAAAUGUCGCCAACGUUAAUGGUAGAGGCUCGCCGUACGGCAGCCCGACUUUGGAAGAGCGCGGUCGAUCGCCCCAUCGCUUCGCAAGGACCGCCAGCGGCAGUCCUCGACAUGGUAUGAGCAGUCCUCUGGCUAGGGUACAAGAGGAAAUAGCUCAUCCACAACCUGUACGCCCAGGCGGCGAUACAGUCAGAGAUUUUGCGAAUGUGAUAGAGUCAAGAAGAGCGGACAAGCUGGUAGAUGCCCCAACUCCGAUCGAUGCAAACUCUUCCUCGAACAAACUAGUGGACGCACCCACUCCAGUCUCCACAACAGCAGAGAAAAGGGAUUUCCCUAAAUCAAGCUUGAGCCGUGUCUCAACAGCUGACGAUCUGAGCCCGACUUCCUCCAAUGCACAUUCCAAGGCAAAUGGGAACGUAAAAGGGCUUGGGGUGAACGGGAUCGAGGAUGACAUGAAAACUGUGGCUAUAUGA